AUGGCCACUACGUUUAUUGCUCCACUGUUUCACAUGCAUUCUGCUCCCUCCGUUGUUUGCUUCACCAAUCUCGCCGUCAGGCAGGAUGCUUUCUCAUUGGACGUGUUGGAGGUACCACAAGUAUCCGGGUCGAGUUUCGUUUGGGAUAAAGAUGGUCACGUUGUCAACAAUUAUCAUGUGAUCCGUGGUGCUUCUGAUCUCAAGGUUACUCUUGCUGACCAGUCAACUUAUGAUGCAAGAGUUGUUGGAUUGGACCAAGAAAAGGAUGUUGCUGUAUUGCGAGUUGAUGCACCCAAAGACAAACUAAGACCUAUACCUGUCGGUGUACCAGCAGAUUUGCCUGUUGGCCAGAAAGUGUAUGCUAUUGGCAACCCUUUUGGACUUGAUCAUACUCUUGCAACUGGAUUUGUCAGUGGGCUUCGCAGAGAGAUAAGUUCUGCUGCCACUGGCCGCCCAAUUCAAGAGGUAAUACGGACAGAUGCUGCUAUUAAUCCUGGUAAUAGUGGAGGGCCACUCCUAGACCGUUCAGGAAACCUUACUGUGAUAAAUACUGCUAUAUAUUCUCCUUCCGGUGCAUCUUCUGGUGUGGGAUUUUCAGUUCCAGUUGACACUGUAGGUGGCAUUGUUGAUCAGUUGGUGAAGUUUGGGAAGGUGACAAGACCUGUUUUAGGGAUUAAAUUUGUUCCAGAUCAAUCUGUCGAACAGUUGGGAGUAAGUGGUGUGCUUGUCUUAGAUGCUCCUGCAACUGGUCCAGUUGGGAUUAGGGGAAAACCAAAUUUUUUGCAAGCAAGAUCACUAUAA